CGAAGGCGACGCCUGGCCUUCGGUAGCGGCGUCCCGACGCCUGGGUGCGUCCAAGCUCGGGGCAAGCCUCCAGCAUCUGUCUCCCAGCGGCCGUCAUGGCCUGCUGCUUCAAGUGGUGUCUGCGCUCGAGGAAGGCGCGCGAGAAGUCCGCCGCGCCCUCCGCGGACGACGAGGCGGAGGAGGAGGAGGAGAGCGACAACGACUGCGAGCUGCCGCCCGUGAGGCACAUGGCCGCCGACAGCCCGGCGCACCGCCACCUGCAGGCGCUCGCCGAACUGAGCCCGCCCGGGGACUGCUCCUUGGACGAGUUGCUCCGCCUCAGCGAGGCCUUCCCCUUGCGCUUCCCGCCGGGCGCGCUCCGCUGCCGCGACCUGCUCGCGCGCCGCCGCUCCGAGGACCACCUCCGCCGGCACGCCAACUCGGCCUACCCCUUGCUGCACGAGGGGGCGCUCCACCUGUACGUCGACUACCUGCAGCACAAGCUCCGGCACGGCAGCGGCGUCGAGAGGCGCCUGUACGAGGGCGCGUCCGUCGCGGACCUGGUGCAGAGGUUGCUGAGCCGCCGCGCGGCUUGCUACUCGCCGGAGGCGGACGACGACGACUCCUACCUGCUGGUCACCGGAGAGCGCGGCUCCGGCGGCUGGGAGCUCGUCGGCACGGACGGCGAGCUACCGCCCUUGGUGCUGGGCACCUGCCUCAGCCACGACGAGAUCAAGCUCUCGGCGCUGCUGUGCGUGUCUUCCGAGAGCGACUUCGCCGACCCGGCGCAGCCUUGCGGGGUCGCGGUCGGCGUGGCGAGGACCCGGGUCGACCGCCCGGGGCUGCUGGACUGGCAGGACGUGGUGGUCGACGACGACGACGAGGCGGGGGGCUCCUCGUCGCCUUGGAGGCGGCUGUGGUCCGGCUUCUACGGCGUGGAGCCGCGGCAGGCGGCCAGGAGGAGGAGGUUCUCCGAGCUGCCGUCGGGGCAGGUGGUGGACGGGCUGGUGCUGGCGAAGCGCGUGGGAGUGUCCGCCGAGACGCUCCUGCUGGAGGCGCAGCACCGCGCGGCGGUCGCCAAGACCAAGGCUCACGUGCACGUGGGCUCCCGGCUGGCUCCCCAACAGCAGGACGUGUUCCUCGACGCGUUCGCCGACUGCCUGCGCCGCCUGUCGCCGGUGCUGUCGCACGUGUCCGACGUGCACUUCGCGGGCUUCCGCGAGAGGGAGUGCGGCGGGGUGCCCGCGGGGGGAGUCAUCGGCGGGAAGACCCCCGACGACGGCGACGAAGACGAGGAGGAGGCGGGGAUCCGCGUGCACUUCUGCGGCCGCGCGCUCCCGCGGGUCCCAGACGGCCGGCUGCUGGUCGUCGCCUACCCCCUGCAGGGCAACUCGCUGCCCGGGAACGAGCUCUGGCUGGGCGGCGGCGGGGACUCCUCGGGGGAGGAGGCGGGCCUCGGCCUGGCGUGCGAGCUGCACAACCCGCACGUCAACGCGUGCAAGGUCAGCGGCGACAACCUGCACGUGGCGUGCGCGCGCUGGGGCGUGCUGCACGUCGCCGAGUACGCGCGCAGGAAGCUGCAGUCCCUGCACUGAACCUCGACCACCUCAACCACCUCAACUCCUCAACCACCUCAACUCCCUCAACCCCUCAACCACCUCAACCACGUCAACCCUUCAACCACCUCAACUCCCUCAACCGUCAACCCCUCAACCACCUCAACCACGUCAACACUUAAACCAACUCAACUCCCUCAACCGUCAACCUCUCAACCACCUCAACUCCUCAACCACCUCAACCACCUCAACCACGUCAACCUCCUCAAGCAACCUCAACCAUUCCAACCCCUCAACCCCUCAACCACUUCAACUAUCUCAACCACCUCAAGCAACCUCAACCAUCCCAACCCCUCAACCACCUCAAC